CUCCCCUCCAUCCUCGGCUGUUCCUCCUCCCUCCUGCCUCCUCCCAUGUCCCAUCUCCACUUCUCCUUCUCUAUUGUCUGUUCUCCGUCCGAUGUUCUAUCUUCUCUGCUAGCUUCUCUGUUCAGUCCACUUUGAUUACUACCAAGAUGUAUUAUUCCCUCCCAUCCAUUAAAAGUGUCGCCGACUCAGUACAAAAUAAUACAAAAGGGGUGACAUUUUUUAUGAAUCCGCGGGAGGGAGUAGAUAAUAUUGGGUGGUAGAACAAGUGGUUCUGGAGUUGGAAGCAAAUCACUAGUUUGAGUCACUUAACGGAAUCGGUAUUUUGCGAUAUGGUGGUACUGUAGAGUAGUUAUAUAAAGACGAUGGCCAGUGUAGGUAUCUUGCACACUACUGUGCAGCCUGCUUGUUAUCAAACUGGUUAGCAAUGUUGUUCAGCAGUCCAUUGGUGUAGGACCCCAACCUGCGUAUGAAAUUUAAAGGGAUGUUUCUGCGGUCCAGAUUUGCAGCAUGCUUCCCUGUAGUCGGUACUUCAUUUAAUUACGGAAGCCUGCAGGUUCAUGGUCAGUGCUGUGUGAAAUUAGCACUUUUGCAGUGUUUACUGAACAAGGAUGUAGCACAAUCUUGGAGCCCUUAAUUAGCACUUUUGCAGUGUUUACUGAAAUUAGCACUUUUGCAGUGUUUUAGGAUGCAUGGAUUUUGUAGUAAAAAUUGGUGUGAAAUUUACAGAGGCUCGAAAGCACUACUCCCAGAUAAAUGGUCUAAUGUUUGCCAACAAAAUCUGAAUCACAGGUAGAUUAGUUUGGUGAAAUUUACUCAAUUCAUAUUCAGAUUGAUCAAACGAAUUAAGAUAUUAUAUGAAGAUGGGAGUUGUAUCAUUCGACGUCGUUGCAUCAAGUCUUUUGCUAUUGCAGAAGUACAACCGUUUGGUCAAGGAUGGGAUGAACUAUUCUAUAUACGGUGCACGUUCCAUUCAUUCAUGUUUGUGUUAAUUAGCGGAUCUAAACAGGUUUAUCUCUGCGUGGUGGCAGACAAUUUUGUCUAUCUGUCAACUGGAGCAGGUACAGUACUGGAUCAUGCAAGUAGUACUUUAGUAGUAUCUUUAUACUACUCGUACACAGCUACUAGUACGUACGGAGUACUCUAUAUACCAAGUAUUUCACCUUUUCAGCUGAUAAAGUAUAGAUUGAUCCUGUGACCAAAUCAAGAAAUGUUAUGUUUUAGAUGUAUAAAAACUUCAUGGGAUGCUCCACUGUGGUUAGAUUGUCAUCAAAUAUUCCCCGGCUGUGUCUCUAGUUUGUACUACAAAUAUUUAUCUGAAUGGAAUAUUUAUCUACUACUCCAGUUUAGUACAACUACCAAAUACCAAUAGGCACACAACCUUUAACCCUGAAAGUAAAGGAGUUGACAUUUAUGGCAGAAUAGUUAGGGACAGAAUACUUAUGCUUAUACUGCUAGUUGUACUUACACUAGUAAGUUGCCCGUGCUAUGCCACGGAACCACAAGAAAUGAGAAUAAGCUAGAAAUAUCGAUUUGGAAAAGGUUAGUUCUCAAGAUUCAACGUGCUUUGCAUGAAUGGAGGUUGCCAAAUUGGCAUUUGGAGACGCUUUGCCCACCUGUCGGUUGCUAGUGCAGGUGAACUCACGACCACCAACUGGAAACAUUAUAAGUAGGAAAGAAUACUAGCUCAAAAUCAGACACUGCCCACCAUUUAUGUAAUAUACUUCCUCGAGAAAUAAGUGUACUUCUACUUUUUGUCCUAAUUAAAAAAUAUUAAAGUUUUACCGACUUUAUUAAAAAACUUAGCAACACUUAUGACACUAAAUUAGUAUCAUAGAUCUGUUUUGAAAUUUAGUUUCAUAAUAUACCGAUUUGAUGUCAUAUGUGUUGCUAUUAUUUUCAAGAAAGUUGGACAAAUCUUUUUUUCUUACUUAGGACAAAACCUACAAGUAUUGGCGGUGAUCUACUAGUACAGUACUUAGACUGCGGUUUACCAGGCCAUAAAUUUUCAGCAUGGACUUCAGCUCUAGCAGUUUUUUUUAAUGUUAGCUCGAAAAGAUUAAUCUGUUGUCAGCUCACUAUCUUCAAAAUUUCUGUACAAAAAAGCAACCUAAAUCUUUUUUGGGAUCCUUAAUUAGUCCGUAACUCUGUACUGUACUUGCGAAGUCAUACAUUUGUUGAUUCAUAACUGUGCUUAGUACAAUACUCCCGUUGGAGUAUAUUACUACGUACAACAACGGUUCCUUGUAAAAUACUACCUCCGUUUCAGAAUUCUAGUCUCAAAUUUACCAAAAAAUGGAUGUAUCUAUUCCUAAAAAACGUCUAGAUACAUGUAAUAUUUUAACAAGAAUUAUGGAACAGAGGGAGUUCUUAUCACAACUGCUCAAUCUUGCCGCAAGACCUUUCACGGAAGUAGCCAUAGAAGUUGGAACUGAAGUAGAGAAGAGCAUUCACAUGGUUUUGUCCUAAACAGUGGCUUAGUCUUUUUUUUUGCGAGGAAACAGUGGCUUAGUCAUCAUUACAAUUAUCCUAGUGGCUGUUACAAGCUGGGUUCAUAUGGCUAAAUUUUGUUGGCAGCCGUGCGAUGAAUUGACUGGUUGAUCCCAAGGAAGAUAGAGUGGUAGUAGCAAUAAUCAUUUAUCUUGUAACCAUCCAUUACUGCUUUUUUUACCAUACUGUUUAAAUGAAACAUUGGAGAAAUGUUAAAUGUGAUAAUAUCUCAUCUUCAACUCAGAACCAUCUUCUACCCGUUAAAAAAAAUAUCUUCAUUUUUCUACAGGAAACCCACAUUAUUUUCUUCUGUCAACAUUAUAGCUUAACAUUACUUAGAAAAUCACCACAUUACGGUGUAGAGUUCUUGGGUAGCAGCUUUUAUUUUUCACAACAAACAAUUACACAUUCCUUGACCUCAUUUUUUUUCAGCCAUGCCAUUUCAUUACAGGUGCUCGUGUUCAGUGGCGCACGUAGGGUACAGCUUGUUCGAUUUUUUCCAGUUCAAGCCGUAUUUUGUUCCCCUGUUCUUGCUUAGAGGCUGAAAGAUGGACCACAGAGAUCAUGGAUUGCUCAUAUCCCAGGGCAGGGCCGCUUGUCAGCAAUUUGGGGGCAUCAUGGGAACGGAGAAGCCCCCACGGGUCAGGCUUGCAAUUCGGUAUUUCAUUUUAAUUCUUCUUUUUUUUUGGCUUUGCCACAGAGUUAGUCUACCAGGUGUUGUUAGAAAUCAAAGAUUGGCCGUGGGAAACUCCACCGUGAGGACAGUUUGAAACGGAAGCUGGACAUCUCAAGAAGGAUGGUGAUGUUCUCUGCCAGUCUGCCUAAGUGAUUUGAACUACGCAAUAUAGUUCGCAAGUAACUUUAGAUCAGCUUUCUUUACAUGAUGGGCAAUACAUUGGAAAAAAAACAAGAUUACAACAAGGAUUACUGAAUAGUCAAUACACAAGAACUGAGGCACCUUGAAGUACCCUUGUCAGGUUGAGGCUGGCAAGCAAAAUCUUUACCCGGGGGUUAAUUGCAUCGACAUCAAUGCUCCAAGUCGACUGAUGAAGAGCCCAGACUCUAGAGGCUGUGCCAUCAGGACACUUAAUGCCUAGAAACAUUGAUGGCCGCCUCAUUCAAGUCGCGCAAGGAAUCAGUUCGAGAGGCGAGCCUGGUUUCAGACAAGAACCCUCUUCCUUCGGAGAGAAGACGGCCAAUUAACCAAUCAAAGCCAAGUUCAUAAUUAACCCUCAGCAGGGCUUCUGGUGCUAAUAAUGACUUGAGCCAAAGACUGCUCUGCUCUGCCAUGCCACCAUCAUCUAUCAAUUCCGUAGGAAGUAGUAACACAGAAGCAUCAAGCGCGUGAAUGUGAGCAAUAAACAAACCGUGGCACUCCAUGAGAGAUACUCUAGGUUGUGUUGGCGAGUGAGUAAAUUACAGCUAAAAUGGAAGAACUACUCCCUCAUUGUGUAUGUAUACUCCAGCAUUUAAGAACACCAAUUGACCUCCCUCCCAUCUCUCCGUCCAUUUCCCCCUAUAAAUACUUGCAAAUCUCCAGUUUUCUUCCCCCACCACUAGCACAGCGCAGCCCAAAGGAACCAUCCUCGCAGCAUUCUCGCUUCUGCAUCUGCAAAUCAUCACACGGCAAGGCAAGGCUUCUGUGCACUCGAUACCUGACAGACAGCGACAGCGACCUCGGAGGCAGGAAGGAAAGGAUGAGCCGGGGCAACGGCGGCGGCGGCGGGAGGGGCCUGGACCUGAAGCUGCACCUGUCGCUGCCGGCGCGCGGCGACUCGUCGUCGACGAUGAGGAGGAUGCUGGCGGCGCCGGCGGACGACGAGUCGUCGCCGAGCUCGUGCCUGUCGUCGGAGAGCGAGCCGCACGGCGGCGUUGGCGCGCUGCAGUGGUCGGACAGCCCUGAGGCGACGUCCAUGGUGCUCGCGGCCUGCCCGCGCUGCUUCAUCUACGUGAUGCUCGCCGAGGCCGACCCCCGCUGCCCCAGGUGCCGCAGCCCCGUCAUCCUCGACUUCCUCCACGCCGGCAACGGCAACGCCAAUGAAGACCAUGGCCGCGACAACAACAACAACAAUCAAAACCGCCGCAGCAGGAGGAAUGGUAGGAAGGAAUGAUCGAUUGAAAAGAGCCGCGCCCAUGAUUGAUCUCUUGCAAAUUGGCAAUCACACAGCAGCAGCAAGAUCAAGAUCAAGAUCAAGGAAUUUCUAGCUCCGGCAGUUCUUCUCAGAUUAGUAGCUAGCGAGUCGUAGUAUUAAUUACAGUAAUUAAUUUUUCCGUGCUUCUCCAGUGUAAACCAUGAUAUGCCUGCCCCGUCCGAGUAACCUCGCCAGAGAGAUCGUGGCACCGACACAGGAGCAUCAAAUCGGUCGAUCGGUGAUGUAAUAGUAUUAGGCAUAUCACGGAUACAUACACCGGAGAAAAUACCACGGAUAUCAUUGGUACCGUGUACCUUAAUUUCUGUACUUGAUUCUUAUCUCUUGUUCA